AUGUCGACCUCUCCACAGCCCUGGUACCACAAGUGGGCAUGGUAUGACCCGAAUGCAUCCAAGGAAGAAAGGAGACUGCUCCUGAAGCAGGACUUCAUGAUCCUGACAUUCGGAUGCCUCACUUUCUUCACCAAGUUUCUCGACCUCCAGGCAUUCCAGAAUGCCUACGUCACCGGGAUGAAGGAAGACGUCGGCAUGGAGGGCAAUGACCUCCAGUACACGACUGGAGUCUUCCAGGCCGGAUACUGCGCCAUGAUGAUUCCAGCCAAUUUCCUCCUCACACGAGUCUCACCAAACAUCUUCAUCCCCAUCUGCGAGGCCAUCUGGGGCUGCCUCACCCUCGCCACCGCCUUUGUCGACACAGUCGACCACGUCUACGUGAUCCGCUUCUUCAGCGGCGUCUUCGAAACCGUCGCCUACCCGGGCGUCAUCUACUGCAUCGGGUCCUGGUACAAGAGGUCCGAGAUCUCGCGCCGCCUGUCCCUCUUCUACAUCGCCGGCCCGCUCGGCACCAUGUUCGCCGGCUACUUCCAAUCCGCAUGCUACACCAACCUGAACGGCGUGCACGGCCUCGCCGGCUGGCGCUGGCUCUUCAUCGUCUGCGGCUGUCUCACCAUCCCCAUCGCCGUCUUCGGCGCCCUCGUCUUCCCCGCGCGCCCCGACUCGCCCACACCCAGCCGGUGGCUGCGGGCCGACGAGAUCGCCAUGGCGCGCGCGCGGCUGGCCGCCGACGGCAACGAGGCGCCCGCCGUCAACCUCACCAAGUCGGUCGUGGCUUCUGUCUUCAAGUCGUGGCACUGGUACGCCUUCGUGCUGCUCUACAUCGUCUUCAACCAGGCCAUGAUCACGAACGGCCAGCCCUUCAGCUUGUAUCUCAAGGCCCACUCGGACAUCUACUCGCCCAGCCAGAUCAACAACAUCCCGACCGGCCAGAGCGCCGUGUCCAUCGUGGCCGCGCUGGGCUUCUGUUAUUGGGCCGAUGCGACGGGGGUGAGGUGGGUGCCCUCGUUGGUCAUUUGCGCGUGGAUGGUGUUUGGGAGUAUCUGUAUGGCCGUGUGGUAUAUCCCGGUUGGGUUGAAGUUGUUUGCGUUUUACGUCGCGGGGCUGGGAGGGGCGCUGAAUCCGCUGUUUAUGAGUUGGGCGAGUGAAGUGACUGUGGGUUCGGCCGAAGAGCGGACUGUGGUAGUCGCGAGCAUGAAUGCUUUCGGACAGGCGCUUUUGGCGGGGUUGAAUAUUGUUACUUUUCCCACCCCCGAGGCUCCGAGGUUCAAGUUUGGUUGGUACUGGGUCAUGGCGAACAAUCUUGUUCAGGUUAUCGCUGUGCUUGUAAUUGCGUUCCUCCACACUCGUGAAAAGCGGAGGGCAAACCAGGUGUUUGACGGCGUAGAGGUUGACAACGUCGAUGAAGUCGAAGACGUUGACGCCAGUAAAAGUCUAAAGAAGUAG